UGAUGCUCGGCCAGCUCAAUCCUCCAAGAAAAGACCUCCUUUAGCUGCAAUCAGCGGCGAAAUCAUCAGCUCUUACUUGAGAGACGUCGGGAGACAGCGGAGGAAUCUGUUUUUAUUUUUACUACCUCCCGGGUUUUGCCGGUCGAUGAAAGCGAGAUUGAAAACGGCGGAGCUUGCGCAAUUUUAAGAAGAAGUUUAUCAGUGAGCUUCGGGGAGCUAGCUUGAGUCGCUAGCGCAAGUGUGUUUAAGAAGUCACCCAGCCAUUUGUCUUCAAUAUGCUGCGGGGUAACUAGUUAGUUUUUUGUUUUGUUUGUUUGUGCCCGACAUGUUUAUGAGAGAGGACGAGGAGUGCGAGGCAGCGGGAGCCCAGAGAAAGCCGGGACUACUUCACCAUGGCUGAACAACACAAACAGCUGCUCUGUUGAUGUGAGGAAGAAAAAGAGUCAGGACUAUGAGCAGGGCAGACCAGAAGGACAGGGUCUUGUCCACAAGCGAAGACCCUCUCCCGUGCCUCCACAACUCUAAAGCUGACCCACUGAUCCGAAGCCGACCCCUCAGUGAUAUUUACCCAUUCCACAGUCAUGCUGACAGAAGUGCAGUGCCAUAUCUGCUGUCUGGGUGUGGUGCCCAAGUACAGCCGAUGACUGCAGGUCUUGAGGAAAACAGAUUGAAUGGCAUCAACUCUUCUGCCUGGACCAACCCUGUUAUAGGUCAGCCUGACGGAAAGACUUACUCCUCGAGAAUUAUGAAGCUUUUUUCUAACUCGAGGAAGGGCCCUGUCCCUGCUCACAGUCCGAACACUGACAGUUCCACCUCAACCCACAGCAGCGGCAGCGACAGCAACAGCGGCCCCCAGUCCUGGUCAGGAAUUGGUGUUGUGGACUCUUUCAAAAAGCUCCGCUCCUCUGUGCUGCAGGGUAUACAGAGUAGAGGGGCAAUCAACAAUGAUGGAGAGCACGUCCCCUCAUCAAAUCAGGAAAUUGCUAAUGGCACAGUUGUGUCCAACACAAACCCUGGUCCAGAUGAUGCAACAAAUGAUUUAAAGGUCACAGAAGGAUACAGUGUGUCUAAUGGAAUUUUUACUGAUCAAAAGUUAGCUGUAAUGAGCCAGUGUGGAUCAGAUAUUGAGGACUACGAUGAUGAGGACAAUGACGGUGCAGAUGGUCUCACGCGCAACACACGAUUCUCAAGGAGUAUCAGGAGAGCGUACGGAGCAGGGCGCAUCUCUUUACUCGACACAGGGAACGGGAGACUAGCGGGAACCAGCACAAAUGAAGCUGCAGGCACUCAGAAACCAGAUCAGAAAACUAUGGCAAACACCCAAACAGAGAAAAUGAAUGAGAACACAAAUGUGAAGGUGCUGAGCAGACUGAGCAAAAGCGCAGAAAAUCUUCAUAUAUUUAAGGCACCGUUCAGACGCAAAGCCCCAUCUCCUGGUCGUCCUUCGCUUCAGGAAGAGCCCCAGAGCACUAGCGUAUCAAACGGGACACCAAACAUCCAGAGGACAGCCAGCGCCUCCUCAGUGGACCUCCGGGGCCACGCUGUUAGCCGCAGGAAGAGCCCCGUGAAGACCAAAGGGCCGAUGCUCAAGCUAGUAGGCAGCGUGACUGACCUGACUGUCCGACGCAGGCAAAGUCCCUCUCCCAGCCCCACCUCUCCAUCUCUCAUGUCACCCCUGACUCGUCUCCAUGACGACUACUCCCGCCGCGUGCCUUGCCUAACGACCGGUGAGCGACAGCGCCGGCCCUCGCCCGUCAGAGCCCGGGUCCUGUCUGUCGGACACACCCCUCUGGUUCAUCCACAGCCUGAAUGUGAUGUCGGCCCACAGCAGCACCAGGUCCUUAUCGGCCCGGUUUGUGUGGAGCCCCCGGAGAGAGCAGAGCAGACUUCACCUGCUGUCUCUGCUCAUUAUGAAUCGCUGACUGUAGCCACAACAGGUGCGACAGAAUGCGAUACACCUCCACUCAGCCAAAAAGAGCCUUCACAACAACAAGAACAGACUGAGGUCAACAUGCUACCAAAUGAGGUGACGCCAGACCAACAAGGGUCAGAAACACUUCUCCAUACGGAAGACGUCUCUCCAACCGCCAGCAGCACCCCUCCUAUCUCUCCGACAUGCCUCUCGGAGUCACCCACGUCGCCCACAGACGCAGCCGCGGCUUCCACGGAAACGACCUCCAUCAAGUCCAGACGAAGGAGUGGCCGCCCGAGACCGCGGCCCAUCUCUGACUACGGGCAACUCAUUUCCAGGAAGCACUCUAUUCCCGAGGAAGUGGCAGAACUGCUUGCUGAAGAAAGGACAGCAAAUACAUCAUUGCAUAAAGACUGCAGUGGUGAUGACGCAUGUGGGAAUGAAGGGAGCCCCGAGAGCGUGAACGGAGACACUCAGGGCAAGAAGCUGCGGCCAAUCUCAGUGAUAGGCGUUGUGGAUCUGUUCUCUCCUGAUGCUGAAGAGAAGGAUGACCGCCUUCCUUCUCCCCUGUCGCGACCGCCCAUCCCCUCCCACCAGGUGCCCCCCUACAGAGGAGUGUCAGCCAGGUUUCGCCCCUCUGCCCUCUCCCAGAGCACCCCCAUCGGACUAGACCGCGUUGGACGGCGUAAGCUCCACAGAGUGCUCAGCGAUGGUAUGUCUGAGUGCUCGGCGACACUUGAUGACAGCGUCAGCGAGGAGGAGGAGGGCAGCUUUGAUGAGCUCGCUGAUGUCACGCCCUACCUCCAGCCAGGGGUGGAGCUCUCUGAGCUCAACGAGUGGAUAAACUGUGGCCACACGGUAUAUGCUGAGGCUCUCUGGGACCAUGUGACCAUGGAGGAGCGGGAGCUGGCUUUCAAAGCUGGGGAUGUUAUCCGUGUCCUGGAUGCCUCAAAUAACGACUGGUGGUGGGGCAGGGGGCCUGACAGGGAGGCCUGGUUCCCCUCCAGCUUUGUAAGGGUGCGAGUGAACCAGGAGGACUCGAGUGCAGAAAGUGUGGAGAGCGUGGCGGACCAGGAAGAUCCAACUCCCAGGGACACACACAGCUCUCAGCACAAGGAGCAGAUGAGAACCAAUGUUGUUCAGGAGAUCAUGAAUACUGAACGCAUCUACAUCAAGCACCUAAAAGACAUCUGUGAGGGUUACAUCCGUCAGUGCCGUAAACACCCAGACAUGUUUACUGAGCUGCAGUUGAAGACCAUCUUCAGCAACAUAGAGGACCUCUACAAGUUUCAGAGGCAGUUUCUCAGAGACCUGGAGAAGAAGUACAACAAAGACCAACCACAUCUCAGUGAAAUAGGCUCCUGUUUUCUCUUGCAGGGAGAGGGCUUCUCUAUCUACUCGGACUACUGUAAUACUCAUCCAGCCGCCUGCGCUGAGUUGCAGCGUCUCAUGAAGUUGGGCAAAUAUAAGCAUUUCUUUGAGGCCUGCCGGCUCCUCCAGCAGAUGAUCAACAUUUCCAUUGCGGGUUUCUUGCUCACACCUGUCCAGAAGAUCUGUAAAUAUCCCCUACAGCUGGGAGAACUGCUCAAGUACACCCCAAAAGACCACAGUGACUACAGCGGAGUGAGCAAAGCGUAUGAGGCUAUGAAGAAUGUGGCCAGUCUGAUUAAUGAAAGGAAGAGACGGCUGGAGAGUGUCGACACCAUCGCUCACUGGCAGGUGGCCAUUCUACACUGGGAGGGAUCUGAUGUGCUGGAGCGCAGUUCAGAGCUGAUCCACUCUGGCGAGCUGACUCGAAUUGUCCGACAAGGCAAAAUGCAACAGCGCAGCUUCUUCCUGUUUGACCACCAGUUGGUCUUCUGUAAAAAAGACGUCCUGCGCAGAGACCUGCUCCACUACCGUGGACGGCUGGAUAUGGACCAGACCGAGGUGUUGGAUGUGCCCGACGGGCGGGACCUAGACCUGGGCCUGACCCUGAGGAAUGCUCUGCGCCUGCGCAACGCCUCCACUCUGGAGUUUGUGUGCGUGCUGUGCUGCAGGAAGGCCCAGGACAAGAAGAGGUGGCUAGAGGCCUUUGCCAAGGAGAGAUACAGAGUCAAGGAAGACCAAGAGAUGGGAAUGGAGAUCAGUGAAGAGCAAAGAAAACAGGCCAUUAUUAAUGCCAGAAGAGCCAAACAGGGGAAGAACAAAACCAUUGGUUACUCUGGUUCUGUCCCACCGCACCACCAAAACCUUCAUCCACUUCACCAGCGUCACAUCACCAUCCCAACCAGCGUGCCUCAGCAGCAGGUCUUUUCACUGGCCGAACCCCCAAAGCGAAAGCCUUAUCAACUGUUGUACAGCAUCACUCGCAACGCCUUUUUCAGGAAAUGAGGCUUUGCUCCCUCAUCUUUUUUUUGUUCCUCUCUGUACAUGUUCAGAGCACGCCCAAACCGUCCUAAAGACUCAAAGAACACUUUAUUUUAUUUUUUCCUCUGAAUGUACUGUCAAAUUCUGUUUUUGUGCCUCAUGUGUCUCAAUGUGUCUGUUUUUGUUGCAUGUUGAAGUUCAGUGCCUACGAUCUUGGAAAGGGGGGCACGAUUUAAGUGUUAAAAUAGUGACUCUGUCCAUUUUGUUGGUGUUAAAGAUGCUGCUUACUCAAGAGACUCCCCACCCCUUUAUCUUAUUAAUUCCAGCGGAAAGAUUUUUUUUUUUAAUGUUGAUUAUGACAACAAUGUAUAUUCUGCUUUUACGUUGACAUACAUGGUUUUAGUUAUUUCACAAAGGCUGGACCCUUUUUUGCUGCGAGUCUGUCAACUCUGAGCACAAAACAGCCAGAGGAUAAAUAAACUGACACAUUCACCUUCCCUGUUAACACUGUAAAUAAAACUCUUGU